UGGGAAACAAAACAUGGCGGCAUUUUGAACGGCUUUUACGGGUUUGUAUUUUGAACUGUGGAUGAACCACUGUAAUCAAACUUUCUGUGCUUACGAACCAAGACAGAGCAAGACGAACCAUUACAACAUGAAUUUGGCUGUUCCUGGGACCCACGUCUACAUUUAUACAUUGUAAAGACUUGACUGGCAUUACAAUGAAGAGAGGACAGACGGGUGUUAUCAAGAGGAGACCUGGCGCUGGUCCAUCGAAGAAGCUCCCCAAAACACCCCAGAGAGCUGCCCCUGUUAAAAAGGCACCUCCUACAGAGAACAGAGAUGAAGAGACAUCCCCAUCAAAGUCCCCGGUUCGCUACAUCACAGAGGGUCUGAUCAAACAGACUACGGGGAAGGAAAGCCUGACUGAUGUGCUAUCCCUUCGCCUCACCGUCAGGAAAGAUGAUGGCAAGAAAAUAAGGUACAUUGAGAACCUUGAGGGACUGAAGCGGCUCCAGGUCCUGAACCUGUCCUUCAACCAGAUCCAGAAGAUGGAACGCCUGGCCCACCUGACCCGUCUCAGGGAGCUGGACCUGAGCUGUAACUGCAUCGCUCGGAUCGAGGGCCUGGAGACCUUGCUGCACAUCCAGAUCCUCAACCUGUCCCACAAUCUGAUCGAGACCAUACCGGCUUGGCUUGGCAAGAGGCUCAAGGCUCUGAGGGAGUUCCACAUGGAAGGCAACAUGCUCUUCUCUCUGAGCGAUGUAGCUCGACUACGACCUCUGAAAGAUCUGGUGAGUCUGUCUCUGUCCAAGAAUCCUCUGUGCGACCUGGCCCACUACCGCCUUUAUGCCGUGUUCCAUCUCAGAACUGUAGGGCUGUUGGAUAGGCAGCAGGUCACAGAGAGGGAGAGGAUGGAAGCGGAGGAGAGGUUUGCUCAAGAGGAGAUUGAGAACCUGGAGGUCCAGCUGGAGGCCAGAGAUAAGAGUUUCCAUGCCCUGGAAGCAGACCACACCACCACCCUGGACGAGAAAAAGAAGACAGAGGGAAAGGCCCAGGCACUGGAGAAGAAGUCCCAACUUGACCAGCAGAGGGUCAAAGAGCUGGAGAGUGAACUCAAAGCAAAGGAUGAACUGUUGAGACGGAAGACGGCUGAAUUGACCAAGGCCUGUGAGAAGCAGUAUCGUCUGGAGCAGGAGCUGGCCUUCCAUAAGAUCGACGCCAAGUUUGAACCGCUCCCUUAUAUGGCUUUUGUAGACCAGGUUGAUGGUGGCACGGAAGAGAGUGCAUACAUCGGCCAAGCCAGCUUCAGACGCAACGAGUUUGCCUCGGAGCAGUACCUCACCCCCAGGGGCCAGAAGCUGAGGUACCACCUCACCCCGGGGAGUGCAGACGUGGACCCCUCCAUGAAGAGACAACUCAACGAGACCCUGGACAUUACCUUGGCUGAUAAAGAGAAACAGAUUGGUAGAGCUGAAGAAAGACUGGAGAAAUUACACAAACAGCUAGCUGAUGCAGAUGAUCAAAUCAGAUUGGUGAACGACAGGUUGCGAGAAGCAGAGCAUAGGAUGGAGAAAAAACCUCCUCUCGAAGAAGAGGAGCGCCAUCGCCUGGAGGGGUUGCUAGGCGAGCAUCUGCGCUCGGUAACGGGGCUCAAGGAUCGCAUCACUCAAUUGGAGGAUGGCAUGGCGACCACUCUGGAUAUCAUCGAGGCUAAGGAUAGAGAGAUGGCUGAUCUCAAGAGACAGCUGGCCUUGAUGGAGGAGGGCGACCCAAGACACGCUGAACUUCAUGCCCAGCUGGCUGACAGGGAACUCCAGGCCGCUCAGGUAGCCAGGAACUACGCCAACCUCCAGCAUGAUCUAGAUAACACCCUGGGUAGACUCACUGCAGAGAUGGAUAGGGUGAAAGCUGUAGAACAACAACUAGCAGAUGGACAAGUCGAUCUGAACGACGAGCUUCGUAACGAGCUGCAGAGCAUUGUGGGAGGCCUGACCAAUUACCUGAACCAGGUCAAAGGUCAGGUCGUGGAGCAGCAGAGGGAGAAUGCCCGGCUCCAGCAGGAGAGAGAGGAGCUCUUAGGGAGACUGAAGGAGGCAGAGAGGAGGAGGAAAGAGGAAGGACAGAAAAAGGUGGAUGCUCUGGAAAAGAAACUGAGAGAUGCAGAAGACGCUAAACAGGACAUUGAGGCCGAGAACCUGGCUCUGAAGGAAUCGCAGAGAGGGAUGAACUCACCAGACCCUGAGAAAGAUGCAAGGCUCAAAGCUGCCAUAGAAGAGGCCGGUAAACUGAAGAAUGCCCUGAGGAGACAGCAGAGGGAGGCAGAGGCUGACAAGGAGGAAUUAGAGCACGAGUUAGAAGCAAGACGCAGUGAGCUGGAGAGGGCAGCAGACCAGGCCAGACAAGCCAAGGGAAGCAAAGCAGAGGCUCGGGAUAUACUUGCAGCCAAACAGUUAGCUGAGGCACAGAAGGCCAACCAAGCGCUGAAGAACCGUCUCCGCGACCAGCAAGCACAGUACGACGACCUCCUCAACUCAUCCCUCCACCCCGAAGAUGUAGCUCAGCGUAUCAACCACGCCGGUGAUGCCAUGGCAACGGGGCCGGGGGAAGAUGAGAGCCUGGUAGGACCUCAGGGAGAGGGCGAUAUAGUAGGGGAAUCUCUGGCAGGGCUGCAGGGCCAGGUGGCGGGGAGGAUGAGGCAGGCGCAGCAGGAGGCCGAGAGGGCCAAGCGAUACCAGCAAAAAGCGGAGGGUGAAGCCAAGUCUCUGAGACAUCAGCUUGAGCAGAUGCAAGCAAGGUUGAGAGACAUGGCAGCAAGAGACCAGGACCAAACCAAGGGUAAGGAUGCUGAUUGGGAGGACGACGAGGAGGAGAUGGAGAGGAUGAGGGAUGAGGUUGGGAGAUUGAAACAACAGCUCCAACAAGCCAAGAACCAGCAGCCCCCACCCAGACCCCCUCCUCAACCCCCUGCUGUAAUGACCCAGGUAGACUCUAGGAGUGUACCCCCUGGGAUUGACCCCAGGGUCAGGGACCAGAUGCAGAGGUUGCAGGGUGAUGUGGCCAAUUUGAGGAACCAGCUUCAGAACAAGGACAGAAUGGCUGCACAGCAGCUUGCAGAUGCUGAGAAUGACAUAAUCCAGCUCCAGGCGGAGCUCCGUAAAAGGGAGCAGGAAGCUAGGGCAGGAGAACGGAGCAAGAAGAAGGCUCAGGACAGAGAAGCAAGAGAGGCAGAGCUGAGACACGCUUCUGCUUUGGCACAGGCGGAGAUUGAUGGAGGGCACCUGGCCCAGAGAGCUAUCAAUGAACUGGCCAAGGCUCAAGAGGAGAUUGACGGCCUGGAGGAAGUACUUUCCAACCGAGAGAGGGAGCUGGAGGAGACAUUACACCAUGGGGAGACUGCUUCACAUGCCAUUGCUAAUCAACAGGAGGAAAUUGGAGCAUUGCAUGAUGUCCUGGGAGCACAGAAGGAUGAAAUCCUGCGAUUACAGGAUCUUCUAGAUGGGGUGACUCGAGCGCAAGAGCCAUCAGCUCCUCAGACAGCGACUGAUCUGCAGAAUUUAUUGGGAGAGAUAGCUGGAUUGAGGCAAGCCUUGGACGGGCAGCAGCAUCAUAUGAACAACAGAGGACCAAGUAGGGGUGCACCGUUACCCCCCUUCACCCCUGCAGCAGAUCCUGCAUUCAAUGAUAGAGGAUACCAUGGAAACUCAUCAUUUAUGCUGCCAGGUCAUCCAUCCCAACCGCCACCCCCAGGGAACAUGAAUUAUGCGCCACAAUCCUUGCCAUAUACCCCUCAACAUUCCACAUUGCCACCUGCACCUAUGGUGGCGCAGAGUACCGCAGGAACCGGCUUCCAGCCUUCGGUGUCAUUUGCACCUUUAGACCAGAGCCACCGUGUUCAGGCACCAUCCACGCAACCACCACUACAAGGCCCUGUACCCUUUAUACAGCCUACUGCAGUACCGCCCAGACUCUCUGGAGCACCGCCUCAAGGCAGUGCUGUACCUAUGGGAGGUACCACUAGUGGACAGGCAAUGUACCAACCACAACUUCAACAUGCACCUGCUACUCAGGGAGUACAUUUAGGCAGGGAGCAGGACAUUACCAUUAGUGAAAGUAGGAGGGGCAAGUUGAGGCAAGUGAACGGACCGAUCGAAGGACUCUUCUGCAAUGUACCAGAGCACCAUGACUUAGAGGAUGAAAUUGAUAGACUCCGCAAACAACUCGACAAGCUGAAGCGAUCUAAGCGGACAGAAAGACAAAGUUCACCUAAUACAUCAGGAAGAAUGUCUAGAUUGAGGCAUGAACUAAUGGACAAGCGUGAAGAGCUGGAUGCGCUGGACCUGGCUGUAUCCAGGCAACAGGGCGCCCUGAACAGAUUGAGAGACGACGAUGAAGAUCUGAAAUACCAGACGGAGGCCAAGCGGAGGGAACUGAAGGACUUAGGCAGGAAUGUGGAUGAAAGAAGAUCUAGAAGGGAAUUCUUGGAGCACCGUCGCCAGUUUGAACCAAGAGCAGAGGACUAUGAGGACUAUGAUAGGGUGGACGACCACCAGCGCAUGCAGCAGAGUGCGUUCCUUGAAGACGAGAUUGAGUGCCUGGAGGACACCAUAGCAAAGAGGAGAGCAGAGCUGAGGGAAGCCGAUCAGUUACUGCUGCAGUGUCAGACUGAUUUACAUGAAGCUCAGAAUAAGGCAAGUGAAACACUCAGACAUUACGACAAAGCAACUCACGACCUCGCCAUGACCCGAGAGGAGAGCGAGGAGCUGGAGCGGAGGUCACACGAGGUCGCCGUGACCCUGGUCCAGGCCCAAGAAAGGCUCCUGGUCCUGGAGAAAGAGGUGGAGGAGAUGGAGGAGAAGAGGAGGACCUGUGAGAGGGAUGCGGGUGAGAUGGAGACCCUGCUCAACGGCAGGGAGAUGGAGAUGAGAGCAGUGGAAGCUAAGAGAGACCAGAGCAGUAAAAGGCUCGAGAGGCUGAAGUCUGAGGUGAUCAUGGCCGAGCAGAAGCUCUCAGAGCUCCAGUCGUCAUUGAGAGAUGGAGAAAGAGAGCAUUCUAACAGGCAGAGUGAGCUAGAUAGACUACAGGAUCAGCUUGAUGAUCAGCAACGUGCCCUGGAGAAGGUCAACAGGGAGAUAGGGGCCAAGCAAACCGACCUUCGAACUUUGACCUCUGAAACCGACAAGCAUCGACAGCAGCUUGUUUCAGCGCUACAAGAAGGGGAGAGUGAGAUAUCUGCAACUCAACAAAAGAUCAAAGACACCAAGAACAGUCUAGAGCGGUUGAGACAGCAGCGACAGGAGACCAGCCAGGCUGUGGAUCAACGGCGGGAGGAGCUCUCUCGCCUCCAGACCAGGCUCGCUGAGGCAGAGGGCGCCCAUCAUGAUGUCCAAUCAGCCAUCGAGAAGCAGCAGGCAGAGCUGAAGCACACCCUGGAGAUGGUGCACAUUGAGAAGACGGAGCUGGAGGCGCUGAGGAUGCAGCAUGAAGCUAAGAUGGCAGAGCUGGAGAAGACGCAGCUUGUGGCUCUCCAGGAGAAAGCAUCCCUGGAGAAGCUGAAGGAGGACAGCCAGAGGAACCGGACCGGCGCAGAGCUGAUGAGGGAGGAAACGAGACGAGCCAAGGAGGAGCGAGAGCGCAUCCUCUCCGAGAAGCGUUCCCUGGAGGAGAGCAUUGAAGGUCUCACGCAGGAGGAGAGUGCUCUUAAACAGGGAUGCAACUCACUGGAAGUUAAACUCAGCCAUCUCAAAACAACUCAUGGAAGCACUCUAGAAUCUCUGCAUCUCAAUCAACACAAACUGGAAGGCAUCCAACAAGACCUAGUUGCCAUGGAAACAGACCUGGAGGACACCAAGAGAAGAAAGUCUGAAGCAAUGAGGGAGCUACAGAACCUUAAACAGCACAUGAAAGAGGCCAAGUCUAACCUGAAGCAUACAAACUCAGACCUACAAGGGGCAGGCAGUCAGCAGGGACGGUUACAAGAGGAGAUACAGGAACUUGUGAGGCAGAAGGUCCAGCUGUCUUCUCAGUUAGACCAGCUCUCUGAGGUCCUGGACCAGCAUCGUCGGACCCUGGAAUCGUGCGAACAGCAGGAGAGAACCAAACAGGAAGCCCUGGGCAUGAUGGGAAGGGAGCUGGAGGAGAAGAGAAGAGAGUUUGAGGGACGUCAGAGAGAUCUGGAGAAGGUGGCCGAGAGGGUCGCACUGGAGGAGGACAGACUUUCAAAGGUUUCCAGGCAGACUUCUAGAGAUCAGGAGACGGUGAGAGCUCAGCUCGAGAACCGACAGAGAGAGCUAGAGACGCUGACUCAGCAGAAAGACUCCAUCCAGUCAAGAUUACAUCAGAAUCAAGAAGAUCUCGUUCAGUAUGAUGAUCUGAAGAAUAGGAUUCAAGAUCUUGAAAAUGAAAUUUCAGAUCAACAAGAGAAAGGAGAGAAGUCAAAGGAUGAACUUGAAGCAGCAAGAAUGAGAGUAGCCUCACUUCAAGAGGAGAAGAAGGCAAUCGAGAGAGAGAAGAACCAGUCAGAUCAAGAAAAUGAACAGUUAAGAACGAAAUGGAGCAGUGCUCGAAAGGAUUUUAGAGCCGAGCACAGGAAGCUGACUCAGGAGAUUGAAACUCUGAAGGUGAGGCUGGAGGAGGAGUCUAAGCAUGCCAGCAGGAUGAGCAAAGAGGUGGAGAAUUGGAAACAAGAAUACCUCAUCACCAAGCAACAGCUCCAUACCCAUGAGGAGCUAAUGGACCAGGAGAACAAGCUUGACUCCCAGCUCCAGCAUCUGAAGGAGGAGAUCCACACGGAGGUCAACGAGGGCUUGCGCACCCUGGAGAUGUCUCGCUUGGAGGUCCUCGAUGAGCUCCAGGAGGUCCACCACCAGAAGGCUGAGAUCAGCAAGAAAUUGACAUCCUUCAAGCAGGUUAAAAUGACAGAGAUUAGCGCUCAAAAGGAGAACAGUAAACGCAAGCAUAUUGACUUGGAGUUUCAGCUGCAGCAGGAGCAGGAUUUACUCAAGUUGAGACUUGAGCAGCAGAUGUCUCGUCAGUCGGAGGUUCUGGCCGGGAUCAAACAGAAGUCAGAAUCGACUAUCCAGUCAUUACGUCACAAGCUGAACCACCUCGAGGAGCUAGUCAGCAGCAGUUCCUCCCACACCCGGAGUCUGAGAGUAAGCCAGAGCAUCGUACAGAGACACAACGUCAACCAGAACAUUGAUCUAGUUCCACUCCAGAAUGAAGGCGACGAGAGUCGAGGAGUGGAGAAUAGCGGUUUGGAUCCAGGCUUGAAUUACAAACAAAAUGUGGAAGUUCAGUAUGAAAGACGUAUUACCUCAAGGACUAGACAAUUUGAAAUGCGACAUGAAAACGGUGCUUCAGGGGAUGUUAGUGACAGAGGACAAGGUGGGGCCAACCAGAUGGACGAGGGAGCUCUUUCAAUAAAUGAACUUCGAAAUCAAGAUGGCGACUUGCAAAGGCAUCCCUCACUUCGUGGUGAGGAUAGUAAUGCAGGGAAGGGUGACCAUGGAGAUAGGAGCAGUCGUCCGAAGGGGAUCCUCAAGCGUAAGACACCCUUGCAGGAAGAAGGAGGUACUCUAACAGAACACGAGGAAAGAGCGAGGGGUACUACUGGUCUCGAUGGAGAGAGGAGUGGACGAAGGUCCGAAGAAGUAGCAGGAUCAGAGAGUGAGGUGACCACAUCUCAGCGUUCCAGGUCUCACUCAUACAGGCAUCAUAGGAGAAAGAGCAGGUCACCAGUCGGGCGUCUACCUCUGUCACCUCUAUCUCCACAGGUCCCCGAGAGAGGGCCUCCUUCAGGUCAACACUGGUCGCAUUUUAUGGAUUCUCUCAACCAGCUGAAAGAUCAGAAAGUUGCUCAACUGAACACCAAUGCAUGGGACUACAGAUGACACCAGCAAUCACAUUAUACAGUCGAACCUGUUUAAAGCAACCACCUGAAUAGUAAAAACCACCUUUCUAUAAGGACCCCAUUUUUUUUGUUUUCCUUGAACAUGGUCUCCCAUUGAAACCUGAACUCAAGCAACCACUACAUAAAGACCAUCUGACCUGCCUAUAAAGACCACCUUUCAUGUUUCCCUUGAGCAGUCUUUAUGUACAUGUUUCUCUGUACUGCAUACAACCUGUAGUACAAGAUAAAAAUUUGAAUGUAUAUUACAUUUAUACUGAGUUUAUUUUGAAUUGUAUUCAUCGACUGCCAUAUCAGGGUUCAGAGGUGAACCAGGGGCCUGUUUCAUUAAACUUUUUAUCUAUAACAACUGCUAAAUUUCAAUGACAAAUUUGCU